AAAGCACCAUGCGUCUGUCUCUACUCACCACUGUAGCUGCUGCUACUGCAGCAUCGACAACAACAACGCCGUCUUACACCGACGGCCGAAACCACAACAAAGACUUAACCGUCUCCGAAGCCCCAGACCACCUGCGCGCAUACGUCCUUCCCAAGUUCCACGGCCGCGGCAUCUACCUCUCGCCCACCCAAAUCAUCCGCUUCUCCAUCACCACCAACUCCUCCGACGGCGCCUUCUCGCUGAUCCAGCACACGGGCAAAGUCUCAGACUGGCUGAUUGCCCGUCCGCACACGCACAAGCUUGUCCACGAGCACUUUUACUCGUCGCGCGGCCGCUCAGAGCUUUGGGCGCAAAAGGACCAGGCCUCGCCGCAGGAAGCAAAGGUCGCUUGGGCCGGCGACUACGGCAACAUCCCCGAGGGAACCAUCCACACGUUCCAACUCAUCGACCCGGACUCGCAGCUCUCACACAUCUUCCACCCGGCCGGCUUCGAGCGCCUCUUUGAUGCUUACAGCCUGGGCGACUUCCACUCGACUGUUGGCGCGCCGUAUCUGCCUGAUCCUGCCGAUGCCCAGCCAUACGGCCCCGUCACCCCCAAGGAGUACAAGAAGCUGACGGGUCUUGAUGUCUGGCCUGUAGAGGAAAAGGACUUUUUGCCGCGCCGUGACUUUAUCAAUGGCACUGCGGGAGAUGUCACGGCCAACUGGCACAACGGCACCAAUGUGUUGCCUGCCGCCCAGGACCAGCCCUACUUUGUCGCCAACAACUACGGUCCCAAGUUCCUCAACACGGAGUCCGGAUACAAGGUUAUCCAGCCGCUCGCUACGCCUGAACAGGGCAACUUUACCGUGGGCACAGUCAUCAUGUCGCCGCGCCUGCACAAUGAGACCGCCGCCUGCGCCACGCUGCCUCACCACUUUGCUCUACAGAUGGACGAGGGUCAUCUCGUCCUGCGUGUUGACGGAUACAAGGAGACCUCGCUGCUCCAGGGUGAUGUUGCCUUUAUCCCGGCCAACACGGGCUUUUCGUACUACGCCAAGGUGCCCUUUACCCGCUUCAUGUACAUGAAUAACGGCGUCAAGGGUCUCGACUACGAGCUGCUCAAGACGGCCAAGCCUUGGGGGUUCCCGAGCUAUCCCAUCUACGCGGGCUACAAGCCAUAA